AAGUUGUCAAAACAAAACGUCGCGUAUCCAUCGACGGGGAAAGCAGUCAACGUCGGAAGAAAAUCGUUGACUUUUUCGUUCUGUAGCCGAGUACGAAUACAAUUAUUGUCCUCAGCGAUUUGUUGCAUUUCACCAAAUUGUUCUAAAUCUUUGAAAAAUGUCGCAAGAGGUAGAGGAAACUUUGAAACGAAUCCAGUCGCAUAAGGGAGUUGUCGGAACGAUUGUCGUUAACAAUGAAGGCAUUCCGGUCAAAAGCACUCUGGACAACACAACCACCGUUCAGUAUGCUGGCCUGAUGAGUCAAUUGUCGGACAAAGCUCGCAGUGUCGUGCGUGAUUUGGAUCCAUCCAAUGAUUUGACAUUCCUGCGGGUUCGUUCGAAAAAGCACGAAAUUAUGGUCGCUCCGGAUAAAGAUUUUCUACUGAUCGUGAUCCAGAAUCCAACGGACUGAGUUGGUUAGCAGGUGUCGGUUUGUCAUAGUGAGUACUGUUUUUUUCAUUUGAAUAAAAGAAGUGGCAAUUGCUAAAGUCGA